AUGGUAGAGACAAACAAAGCAUCCAAAAGGCCCAGAAUCAACGUCGAAGAAUGUCAGUUAGAAGAAUCAGACUCAGAUCAAGAAGAAAUAAAAAGAAGUCAGCACUCGUCCCCAAUAAAUCCCCAACCGACUCUUUUAGCCCCUACGCCAUCUCCAGAUCCAGUCACAAGUCCCGAUCCAGAUCUAGACGUCGAAGAAGAUACGCAAUCAGAAGCUCCGAAAACCUUUCAGUAA